AUGACGCGAGGAACGACUAGCAAUCGUUUGGAACAGUUCGAGAAGUUGAACAUUGUGCAUCUCAGUUACCUGAAGUAUGUUGGUUUAUGGACUCUCGACUCGAAUUCGUCCGCGUUCCUAAGAUGCUCAUAUCACGUAUACAACAAAUCUGUCUUAGCAAUUAUGCUUGUCUUCAUGAUAACUCUAUUCGCUGACAUUUGCAUGAGUUUUGACGACUUGUCAAUCGUUACGGACGAUGGAUGCAUCUUUGCUGGGAUCAUCGUCGUCUUCUUCAAGGUGAUGAUCUUCCAAACUCGUCAUGAGAAAAUCAUACGAUUGCUCCGCAAAAUUAUCGACAAUUGUAUUGAACUCUGCAAGUUUCCCACAAACACGCUGACAGGAGGGCACGCAAUUUUACACUUUAAUGAGAUCUGCACGUCGAAAGGACACUGCGAAAGGGCCAUCGUAGCUCGUCACUUCUCCGUUAAUUCAGGACCACUCGAAGAAUUUUUCCUUGUCGGUCUCUGCCAGUCCUUCUCGCAACAUAUCCUCUUGAUACUUGGCGUCGAAGAUGAAAUCCUGGACAAAUACCUGCUGCUCUGUCGCGUGACCUUCUACGGGUUUAGCGUCCUGGGUUUCUUCCUCGUGAUCGCUCUGCUGUUCGUCGUGCCUGUGGAGAACGGAGAGCUCCCAGUGAGAGCGCAGUAUCCCUUCGAUACAACCGUAUAUCCAUGGCACGGGAUUGGCUUUUUCGUCGAGGCCUGCACCGUCUCCAUCGGCGUAAUCGCCAUUAUCAUGAUGGACGGUUUGCUCACGAAUUUAUGCAAUCUAUUUCUCGUGCAGCUCGAAAUUCUGAAUGCACAUUUUAAGAACUGCGGCAGCAACGAGUGGUACGAUGGGACGCCAAGUGAUAUAGAUAAGCAAAACCGUUCAAGCACCAUCGAUGAAAACUCUUGUUACGGGGCAUUUUCUACAACCGAAGCCAGCUGGAAAAAGGAUAAUUAUGAUCCGGACGCGAUUCGCUGCGGCAGUUUUGCCAAGCCGUUCGGACGAUCCAUUCGUAAUCAUCAACGUCUGCUUGCUAUAAUAGACGACUUCAACGAAGUCUUUAGCGCCGGCAUGUUCGUUCAGAUGCUCUCGAGCACCUCGAUGAUUUGCCUAACUGGCUUCCAAGCAGCCUUGGUCAUAGGCCAGAGUUCCAACACCUUAAAGUUUGCGGUAUACUUGAUGGCGGCCCUUUCGCAGCUUUUCUAUUUCUGUUGGCUGGGAAACGAAGUGAAAUACCAGAGCGCAUCGUUGACGCAAAGCCAGUGGCUUUCGAAAUGGAAUGAUGACAUUUCCGCCAAGCCUGGACGUCUGCUAAUACUGUCUAUAAUAUUUUCGAGAAAAGCAAUAAAUCUGAAAGCAGGCGUGUUCUACGCUUUAUCCAUGGAGACAUUCACCGCGAUCCUGCGAGGCUCGUACUCCUUCUUCGCUCUGUUGAACACCAUGCACUCGGAAGACAAUCAGUGAAUCCGACAAUCCUUCGGCUCUAGUUAUCGUAGAACAAUGUCUGUGAUUAAGUAUUUCAUUGCGAAGCGUAUUGGAGCAAUGCGGUUGAAAACUAACAAUAACAUGUGCGUCAGCGAUCCAGAAAAUGCGUGCCAUUAUCGCUACGAUGUUUGUAUAAAGUGUAUCGAGCAUGCUGUUGAACUUUGCCGAAUAAAAUUGUUGGAAUACAA